GCCAGGCUGGGCGCGACGUCGCCUCCCCUGGAUACCGGCGACGCGCACAGCCCACCCGGACACCGACGCUCCGGUGCGUGGGCAUGGCCACUACUCCGCGUCCACGAUGCGGAUGUUAACAAUGAGUCCGAUAUUAGUGGCUGUGGUGGCGUUCGAGCCGAGUGGACUAACGGGCCGCCAUGAAUGACCGGUACCACAAGGCGGCCCGGGAUGGCUACCUCAACCUGCUGAAGGAGGCCACCCGCAAGGACCUCAACGCCCCGGAUGAGGAUGGCAUGACCCCGACGCUAUGGGCGGCUUAUCACGGCAACCUGGAGGCUCUGAGGCUCAUCGUGGCGAGAGGAGGGAACCCAGACAAGUGCGACAUAUGGGGCAACACGCCGCUCCACCUGGCCGCCGCCAACGGUCACCACAACUGCCUUUUCUUCUUGGUGUCGUUCGGCGCCAACAUAUGGUGCCUGGACAACGACUACCACACGCCGCUGGACAUGGCCGCCACCAAGAACCAUAUGGACUGCGUCCGCUACCUGGACUCCAUCGCCGCCAAGCAAACGGGCCUCAACCCCAAGCUGGUCAACAAGCUGAAAGACAGGGCGUUCCGAGAGGCCGAGCGACGCAUCAAAGAGUGCGCCAAGAUGCAGAAGAAGCACCACAAGCGCAUGGAGAGGAAGUUCCAAAAGGAGGCGCCCGAAGCGUCCUUGUCGGACGUCAUGAGCUUUUCCAGUUACAGCAGCGGCUCUGUUAGCCACAAGCUGCACAACCUCAAUGCAGCCGCCGCUAGUGUGCCAUAUUCACAGGCUACCCUUCAUGCCACAAAUCGAGGGAAAACAAAAAUCCAGAAGAAACUGGAGAAGAGAAAACAGGGAGACGGGAGCUUUAAGAUCUACGAGGAGGGGAGGAAGAGCGUACGUUCCCUCUCAGGACUCCAGCUGGGCAACGAUGUCAUGUUCAUCAAACCGGGCACCUACGUCAACUCCAAGGAAUACGGCCGGCGGAAUGUCCGUGACAUGUUCCCCAGAGACGACGACGCCAUUUCACGUGCCAUCAGCGAGCCCGACCUUCAUGGGAACUACGUGGACCAGUCAGAGGUCAGCACAGACUCAGGACACGAUUCCUUGUUCAACCGUCCUGGUCUGGGCACCAUGGUCUUCCGCAGGAACUACGUAAGCGGGGGGUUGUUCGAGCUGAACGGUCAGGAGGGAGCUGACGGUUCCGACAACACGGUGCGUCUCCGCAGCCGGCUGCACCCUCACCGCAGUCUGGACGAGGACAGCAUCGGGAGCGCCCGCAGCCUGCAAGAGAGGAACAUGGACGAGCUUCCCUGGGAGGAGGUGGAGUUAGGGCUGGACGACGACGACGAGGCCCACACCAGCCCGUUGGAGGUCUUCCUGGCCGUGCACGGCAUGAGCGACUUUUUCUCCAUCUUCAGGAGGGAGAAGAUUGACCUGGAAGCGCUCCUGCUGUGCUCCGACCACGACCUCAAGAGCAUCCACAUCCCUUUAGGACCCAGGAAAAAGAUCUUAGACGCCUGCCAGAGACGCCUGGAAACCAUUAAGGACCCAGAGCGCAUUGAGGACACUGAACUGUGAGUGCACUUACUAAGUGCACAAUCUGAUGAGAGCCAAUAGAAAUGUGUAUUAGCCUCUCUGGAUCAGUGUGACACUAUAUAGUCUAGAACAGGCCUGGGCAAUUAUUUUGACUCGGGGGCCACAUUUAGAGAAAAAAAUUUGUCUGGGGGGCCAGCAUAUCUAUUUUUAGGAACACUAAUACAAAACCUCACAAUAAUGUCUGAUUAAAUGCUAAAAAGGUAAUGACAGACCGCCUUAAAAAACGUAAUGGAAUUUUACAUUUUUCUAUGAAGGAUAAAACACUAAAUAUUGACAAAAUAUGAAUGUCACAUCCCGUUUCGAUCGACAUACAAACCCUGUUUCCAUAUGAGUUGGGAAAUUGUGUUAAAUGUAAAUAUAAACGGAAUACAAUGUUUUGCAAAUCUUUUUCAACCCAUAUUCAGUUUAAUGCACUACAAACACAAUAUAUUUGAUGUUCAAACUAAUAAACUUUAUUUUUUUUGCAAAUAAUGAUUAACACGUGCCAAAGUAGUUGGGAAAGGGCAUGUUCACCACUGUGUUACAUCACCUUUUCUUUUAACAACACUCAAUUAACGUUUGGAACUGAGGAAAGUAAUUGUUGAAGCUUUGAAAGUGGAAUUCUUUCCCAUUCUUGUUUUAUGUAGAGCGUCAGUCGUUAAACAGUCCCGGUGUCUCCGCUGUCGUAUUUUACGCUUCAUAAUGCACCACACAUUUUCGAUGGGAGACAGGUCUGGACUGCAAGCGGGCCAGGAAAGUACCCGCACUCUUUUUUUUUUACAAAGCCACGCUGUUGUAACACGUGGCUUGGCAUUUUCCUGCUGAAAUAAACAGGGGCGUCCAUGAUAACGUUGCUUGGAUGACAACAUAUGUUGGUCCAAAACCUGUAUGGACCUUUCAGCAUUAAUGGUGCCUUCACAGAUGUGUAAGUUACCCAUGCCUCGGGCACUAAUACACCCCCAUACCAUCACACAUGCUGGCUUUUGAACUUUGCGCCUAUGGUUUUUUUUCCUCUUUGUUCCAUAGUUUCCAAGAACGAUUUGAAAUAUGGACUCGUCAGACCACAUAACUUUUUUACACUUUGCAUCAGACCAUCUUAGAUGAGCUGGGGCCCAGCGAAGCCGGGUAGCGUUUUGCGGGUGUUGCUGACAAAUGGCUUUGGCUUUGCAUAGUAGAGUUUUAACUUGCACUUACAGAUGUAGCGACCAACUGUCGUUACUGACAGUGGUUUUAUGAAGUGUUCCUGAGCCCAUGUGGUGAUAUCCUUUACACAUUGUCAGUUUUUGGUUCAGUACCGCCUGAGGGGAUCAAAGGUCCGUAAUAUCAUCGCUUACGUGCAGUGAUUUCUCCCGAUUCUCUGAACCUUUUGAUGAUUUUACGGACCGUAGAUGGUAAAAUCCCUAAAUUCCUUGCAAGUUGAGCUCGUUGAGAAAUGUUGUUCUAAAACGGUUCGACAAUUUGCUUACAAAGUGGUGAGCAUCACCCCAUCAUUGUUUGUGAAUUACUUAACAUUUCAUGGAAGCCGCUUUUAUACCCAAUCAUGGCACCCACCUGUUCCCAAUUAGCCUGCACACCUGUGGGAUGUUGCAAAUAAGUGUUUGAUGAGCAUUCCUCAACUUUAUCAGUAUUUAUUGCCACCUUCCCCAACUUCUUUGUCACGUGUCGCUGGCAUCAAAUUCAAAAGUUAAUGAUUUGCAAAAAAAAAAUGUUAAUCGGUUUGAACAUCAAAUAUCUUGUUUUUGUAGCAUAUUUAACCGAAUAUGGGUUGAAAAUGAUUUGCAAAUCAUUGUAUUCCGUUUAUAUUUACAUCUAACACAAUUUCCCAACUCAUAUGGAAACGGGGUUUGUAUUUUACAAGCAAGUGAAAUGCAAAAAACAGUGAAAUAUGAACGCAAAGGGUACAAAUUGAUGUGAAAAUCUCCUUCUGCGUCUGUGGAAACACUUCCCACCCACACUGCUUGGUGCCUCUUCUGGGCUGCUGUGACUUACAUUACCAUAGUAACUAAUUAGAUGACCAUAGUAACCAAUUAGAUUACCAUAGUAACUGAAGCGACUGGGAUGAUAAUCAGCACCUCCAAGUCUGAGUCCAUGGUUGUCGCCCGGAAAAGGGUGGAGUGCCAUCUCCGGGUUGUGGGAGGAGACCCUGCCCCAAGUGGAGUUCAAGUACCUAGGAGUCUUGUUCACGAGUGAGUGAAGAGUGGAUCGUGAGAUCGGCAGGCGGCGUCUUCAGUAAUGCGGACGCUGUAUCGAUCCGUUGUGGUGAAGAAGGAGCUGAGCCGGAAGGCAAAGCUCUCAAUUUACCGGUCGAUCUACGUUCCCAUCCUCACCUAUGGUCAUGAGCUUUGGAUCAUGACCGAAAAGACAGGAUCUCGGGUACAAGCGGCCGAAAUGAGUUUCCUCCGCCGAGUGGCGGGGCUCUCCCUUAGAGAUAGGGUGAGAAGCUCUGUCAUCCGGGAGGAACUCAAAGUAAAGCCGCUGCUCCGCUACAUCGAGAGGAUCAGAUGAAGUGGUUCGGUCAUCUGGUCAGGAUGCCACCCGAACGCCUCCCUAGGGAGGUAUUUAGGGCACAUCCGACCGGUAGGAGGCCAAGGGGAAGACCCAGGACACGUUGGGAAGACUACUGUAUGUCUCCCGGCUGGUCUGGGAACGCCUCGGGAGGAGCUGGAUGAGGUGGCCGGGGAGAGGGAAGUUUGGGUUUCCCUGUUUAGGCUGCUGCCCCCGCGACCCGACCUCGGAUAAGCGGAAGAAGAUGGAUGGAUGGAUAGUAACUGGUAUAUCAUCCAAAAGUGCAGAUUCCAACCAUUGAAAUACUUUGCGGUCAUUAGAAAACAUGACUGCACAUCAUAAUGGCAGCUCCACUUUCCAUCUUAAAGAUCUAAAAAAAAAAACUGAUUUGGGAAUGUCCGGCGGGCCAGAUUGAAAAGCUUAACGGGCUUUAAUUUGCCCAGGUCUGGUCUAGAGCAGGAAUAUUCAACUAAGUUGUUUCGGGGGGGCCACUUUUCCAGAAAUCCAAGCACCAGAGGGCCUGUUUUCUCCCUUCACUGUUAGUCUUAUUUUGCAUAUCACAGAGAACCAGCGUCCACUACAGUAGAUAUUUAAUUUUGGUCUAUUUUGUCAGAGUUACAGGGGCGCUCUGCUGUUUUUAAGGACCUUCUGCAAAAAAACUAGUUGAAAAUUAUCACUAUGACAGCACCCUCUUACUUUGAAAGAAAAAAAGGCAAAAAAUGUGACUCUCUUACAAGUUUUCUGGAACUGAACUCCAUCCAUUUCCUACCGCUUAUUCCCUUUGGGGUCGCUGGUGCCUAUCUCAGCUACACCCGGGCGGAAGGCAGGGUACACCCUGGAGAAGUCGCCACCUCAUCGCAGGGAACCGAACUCAUGGACGACCAAUUGAGUAGCCCAAAUUAUGAAAAAGAGAGGACCUCAAAUGGAACUUUGAAGAACAAUAAAUAGAAAAACUAAAUGAGGUCAUUCCUGACGGAAUAGCGUGUGAAUGCUCCAAUGCUGAAGUUGAACUGAAAUCCUGGAAUUUUUUUUAUUUUAAUUAUUGAAGUAGAGCAAACAAUUCCUGAACAGGCUGAAUAUUUUGAAGUUGGAAUCAGUUGAAAAAUGUGGGAAUUGUGGAACUUUAAAGAAAGUCCCAUUGAUAUCAAUGGGAAUUUCCCCAAAAAGUUGGGAAUGUUGGUGAAAAUGGUAAAACACCUGAAGGGUCUGAAUGAGUUGAAAUGUUUGGUCUGGAAAUUUUUCAAAUCGGUCGAGAAAUGCUGAAGACACAAGGUGUCUCAAUGGCCUUGUGGUUAGAGUGUCCGCCCUGAGAUCGGUAGGUCGUGAGUUCAAACCCCAGGCCGAGUCAUACCAAAGACUAUACAAAUGGGACCCAUUACCUCCCUGCUUGGCACUCAGCAUCAAGGGUUGGAAUUGGGGGUUAAAUCACCAAUAUGAUUCGCGGGCGUGGCCACAGCUGCUGCUCACUGCUCCCCUCACCUCCCAGGGGGUGAACAAGAGGAACACAUUUCACCACAUCUAGUGUGUGGGUGUGACAAUCAUUGGUACUUUAACUUAACUUUAAUGGCCGACUGAAACCCACUACUACCGACCACACAGUCUGAUAGUUUAUAUAUCAAUGAUGAAAUAUUAACAUUGCAACACAUGCCAAUACGGCCUUUUUAGUUUACUAAAUUGCAAUUUUAAAUUUCGCGCCGAAAUAUCCUGCUGAAACGUCUCGGUAUGAUGACGCGUGCGCGUGACGUCACGGAUUGUUGAGGACAUUUUGUUCCAGCAUCGUUCCCAGAUAUUAAGUCGUCUGUUUUCAUCGCAAAAUACCCCAGUAUUCUGGACAUCUGUGUUGCUGAAUAUUUUGCAAUUUGUUCAAUGAACAAUGGACACAUCAAAGAAGAAAGCUGUAAGUGGGAAGCGGUGUAUUGCGGCCGCCUUUAGCAACACAAACACAGCCGGUGUUUCAUUGUUUACAUUCCCGAAAGAUGACGGUGAAGCUUUACUAUGGAACAGAUUGGUCAAGCGAACACGGUUGGAUUGGACCACACACACACACAAAGUACAGUGUAUUAUGCAGCGAUCAUUUCGAAAGAUCGUGUUUCGAAGAGGGUUUUUUUUGCGAAGGGCAGAGAUGGGCAUUGCCACCACCCGUCGACUGGUGCUGAAGAAAGGUGCGGGGCCGACCUUCAGGUUGUACAGGUACGACCAUAUAAUCUCACUAAAACACUGGUAACACAAUAAGCAGAUAAGGGAUUUUCCAGAAUUAUCCUAGUAAUUUUGUCUAAUAACAUCUGAAUCGCUCCCACUGCCCUCUAGUCUUUUUUUUUUCUCGUCCUUCACUCUCACUUUCCUCAUCCACGUAUCUUUCAUCCUCGCUCAAAUUAAUGGGGAAAUCGUCGCUUUCUCGGUCCGAAUUGCUUUCACUACUGGUGGCCAUUAUUGUAAACAAUGUUCAGAUGUGAGGAGUUCCACAACCCAUGACGUCACACGCACAUCGUCUGCUACUUCCGGUACAGGCAAGGCUUUAUUAUCAGCACCAAAAGUUGCGAACUUUAUCGUCGAUAUUCUCUACUAAAUCUUUUCAGCAAAAAUAUGGCAAUAUCGCGAAAUUAUCAAGUAUGACACAGAAUGGACCUGCUAUCCCCGUUUAAAUAAGAAAAUCUCAUUUCUGUAGGCCUUUAACUUAAAUUGAGAAAUGGUAUUACAGAAUUUGAAAAAUUUGGAAAAAUUAACGGUUGAAAUGUGUUGAAAUAUGUGGAAAAUGGUUGGUAAGCAGGAAAUCUGGAACAUCUUGGAUUUUUUUUUUUAAACUUGGAAAAUUUAUAGUUUGAAUUUCCAGGAUGGUGGAAUGUGUUGAAGGUAGAAUGGUUCGAAUAGGUUGAAAAAUGUGUAAAUGGUGAAUAUUUGAAAAAAUGGCCAAUUAAUUUUGAAUGGGGGGAAAAAAUAUGUCACGGAAAACCUGGAAUUCUGGGAAAUCUGGGGAUUUUUGGAAUUUGUCAAGGGAAAAGCCCGCGAUUCCCGAAUAGGUUGAACAGUUUGAAGUGGGAGCGGUUUGAAUGGGAUGAAAAAUUUGGAAGGUAGAGCGCGGCAAAAUCUCAAGAAGAAGAAGUUUUAAUAAUAAAUAGAUGAAUUUUGGUGUAGAAAACCAUGUGCUUUGGAGCAUUCACACAAUUAAAAGGAGCUGGACAAAUGAGUACCGACUGCAUGUGACGUAAACAAGCUGCAGUAAUCACAUUACAUUGGUGGGGCGGUUUAGCUCGGUUGGUAGAGUGGCCGUGCCAGCAACUUGAGGGUUGCAGGUUCGAUUCCCGCUUCCGCCAUCCUAGUCACUGCCGUUGUCUCCUUGGGCAAGACACUUUACCCACCUGCUCCCAGUGCCACCCACACUGGUUUGAAUGUAACUUAGAUAUUGGGUUUCACUAUGUAAAGCGCUUUGAGUCACUAGAGAAAAAGCGCUAUAUAAAUAUAAUUCACUUCACUUCACUACCAACAAAAUGUGUACCUGCCAAAAAGGAAAGAACUUAAAGGGGUGCAUUCAGAGCACCUAAUUUUUUCCAAAGCCUCAUUCAAAAAUUCAAUGAAUUCAUUGUUGUCCUCAAAAUUCUACACACAAUACCCCAUAAUGGCAACGUUUGUUUUUCAAAUGUAUAAAAAAACACAAACCUAGAAGCAAUCAAAACAUCGGCGGUCACUGGAAUGAGUAUGACGAUCCUCCAGGUAGGGGUGUAUCCCUUUAUGGAGGAAGCCUGUGCGUUAAUUUGUUUUACCUGGGUAGACUGGUGCACGGACAGUCACCACACGAUCCUUGGCAAAUCCGGGUCAGGGUCCAGUGGCAUGGAGUCCAAGACGACUGGGGACCCUUUUCUGCUGCAGCCUUCUUCCGCCUUCGCAGCCGUUGUGGUAGUUCUUAAAUCUACCGUCUUCUGCUUGCUCCGCCGCUGAGGUCUUCACCUAAUCCUUGGCUCGGGGGCAGUCAGGGGUAACAGUAGUAAAGGGGUUAACCUCCUAGUUAGCCAAGAUCCCAUGCCCAGGACAAUGUACAUAAAGUAUUCACAGCUCAAUACCUUGUUGAUGCACCUUUGGCACACCUAUCUUCGGGCAGUUUUGCCCGUUCCUCUUUGCAGCGAACCCUCAGGCCUAAUCAGGUUGGAUGAGAAGCGUUGGUUUUCAUCCAGGAUGUCUCCGUGCAUUACUGCAUUCAUCUUUCCCUCUAUCCUGAUUAGUCUACACCUUCCUGGCAUGGUGCUUCCAUAACCAUGGGAUGUACCACUGUAGGGAUGGUAUUGGCCUGGUGAUGAGCGGUGCCUGGUUUCCUCCAAACAUGACGCCUGGCAUUCACACCAAAUAGUUCAAUCUUGGUCUCAUCAGACCAGAGGAUUUAGUUGAAUUUAGGUGCAUUUUGGCAAACUUUUUUACUUAGAAAUGGCUUCCGUCUGGCCACUCAACCACAUUCAGUGAUUUCCAGGGUGGAACUGUCAUAGGAUGCCACCUGUGCAACAAAUCCAGUCGUGAAAUGUUCUCGCUUCUAAAUAUUCCCAAGUCAACUUGGGGCUUUAUCAGAAGAAAAGUGAAGAAUUUGGGAACAACAGCAACUCAGCCAUGAAGUGGUAGGCCACGUAAACUGACGGAGAGGGUCCAGCGGAUGCUGGAGUGCACAGUGCAAAGGCUUUCUGCACAGUCAGUUGCUACAGAGCGCCGAACUUCACGUGACCUUCCAAUUAGCCCACGUACAGUACGCAGAGAGCUUCGUGGAAUGGGUUUCCAUGGCUGGGCAGCUGCAUCUAAGCCAUACAUCACCAAAUCCAAUGCGAAGCCUGGAAUGCAGUGGUGUAAAGUACGUCGCCACUGGACUCUACAGCAGUGGAGACGCCUUCUCUGGAGUGAUGAAUCACGUUUUUCUAUCUGGCAAUCUGAUGGACGAGUCUGGGUUUGGAGGUUUCCAGGAAAACGUUACAUUGUGCCGAGUGUGAAAUUUGGUGAAAGAGGAAUUAUGGUGUGGUGUUGUUUUACACGAGUUGGGCUUCGCCCCUUAGUUCCAGUGAAAGGAACUUUGAAUGCUCCAGGAUACUAAAACAUUUUUGACAAUUCCAUGCUCCCAACCCUGUGGGAACAGCUUGGAGCGGGCCCCUUCCUCUUCCAACAUGAUUGUGCACCAGUGCACUAAGCAAGGUCCAUAAAGACAUGGAAGCCAGAGUCUGGUGUGGAUGAACUUGACUGGCCUGCGCAGAGUCCUGACCUGAACCACCUUUGGGAUGAAUUAGAACGGAGACUAAGAGCCGGGCCUUCUUGACAAACAGUGUGUGACCUCACCAAUGCGCUUUUGGAAGAAUGGUGGAAAAUUCCUAUAAACACACUCCGCAACAUUGUGGACAGCCUUCCCAGAAGAGUUGAAGCUGUAAUAGCUGCAAAAGAUGGACCCACAUCAUAUUGAACCCUACGGGUUAGGAAUCGGAUGGCACUUCAAGUUCAUAUGUGAGUCAAGGCAGGUGGCCGAAUACUUUUGGCAAUAUGGUAUAGGUGUGCCAAGCUUGUUGCAUCAUAAUCUUAUUAAAAUACUUAAGGCUGUAAUUGCUACCAAUGGUGCAUUAACAAAGUAUUGAGCAAAGGCUGUGAUUUUUUAUUUAUUUUUUAUUUAUAAUAAAUGUGCAAUAACAAAAAUGAAGUGAACUUGUGACUCAAAGCGCUUUACAUAAUGAAACCCACUAAGUUACAUUUAAACCAGUGUGGGUGGCACUGGGAGCAGGUGGGCAAAGUGUCUUGCCCUAGGACACAACGGCAGUGACUAGGAUGGCGGAAGCGGGAAUCGAAACUGGAACCCUCAAGUUGCCGGCACGGCCACUCGACCAACGGCGCUCCGUUUGAAUAAAAACAGCUUUUCACGAUGCCAUAAUGGGGUAUUGUGUGUAGAAUUUUGAGGACAAAAUAGAUGUAUUCCAUUUUCUAAUAAAGCUGUCACAUAAUAAAAUGCGGAAGCUCUGUGAAUACUUUAUAACAGAAGCACUCGCAUGUUUUUCGGAAUUUUCUCCCCAAAAUAUGUUUGUCCCCCCCCCUCCCCCGAGUUUUGAACUGAACUUGGGGUCCCGUAUGAUGUCACUCCUAGUCCUCCAGUUGAAUAGCACUGCCCUAGAUGGUGUUUUGCUUGCAUGAACGUGUUUUUUUUUUUUUGUGUCAAGUGUCAAACACUUCAUGAAAUUGUGUUCUACUGCAUUACGUGCAAAUACCUGGAGUGACUAAAAUUCACAUCCGCAGUCUUUGUGUCUGCUAAUUUGAGGUCAAGAGAGUCACAUUUCACACUCUGACCUGUUUACUGAGAAGCUCUUGUGUGCGGACUACAAUUACAUUAGUCACCGUGUGAGCGAGUCAGCCUAGAACUCCCCUUAUUGAUCAUAAAGUGGGGCAAAAAAGUAUUUAGUCAGCCACCGAUUGUGCAAGUUCUCCCACUUAAAAUGAUGACAGAGGUCUGUAAUUUUCAUCAUAGGUACACUUCAACUGUGAGAGACAGAAUGUGGAAAAAAAAUCCAGGAAUUCACAUUGUAGGAAUUUUAAAGAAUUUAUUUGUAAAAAUAAGUAUUUGGUCAACCAUUCAAAGCUCUCACUGACGGAAGGAGUUUUGGCUCAAAAUCUCACGAUACAUGGCCCCAUUCAUUCUUUCCUUAACACGGAUCGAUCGUCCUGUCCCCUUAGCAGAAAAACAGCCCCAAAGCAUGAUGUUUCCACCCCCAUGCUUCACAGUAGGUAUGGUGUUCUUGGGAUGCAACUCAGUAUUCUUCUUCCUCCAAACACCACGAGUUGAGUUUAUACCAAAAUGGAUACAUGGAUGAUACAGCAGAGGAUUGGGAGAAUGUCAUGUGGUCAGAUGAAACCAAAAUAGAACUUUUUGGUAUAAACUCAACUCGUCGUGUUUGGAGGAAGAAGAAUACUGAGUUGCAUCCCAAGAACACCACACCUACUGUGAAGCAUGGGGGUGGAAACAUCAUGCUUUGGGGCUGUUUUUCUGCUAAGGGGAAAGGACGAUUGAUUCGUGUUAAAGGCCUACUGAAAACCCACUACUACCGACCACGCAGUCUGAUAGUUUAUAUAUCAAUGAUGAAAUAUUAACAUUGCAACACAUGCCAAUACGGCCGGGUUAGUUUACUAAAUUGCAAAUUUAAAUUUCGCGCGGAAGUAUCCUGCUAACACGUCGCGGAAUGAUGAGGCGUGCGCGUAACGUCACGCAGUGUAGAGGACAUUUUUUUCCAGCACCGUUUACAGCUAUAAGUCGUCUGUUUUCAUCGCAUAAUUCCACAGUAUUCUGGACGUCUGUGUUGCUGAAUCUUUUGCAAUUUGUUCAAUGAAUAAUGGAGACGUCAAAGAAGAAAGCUGUAGGUGGGAAGCGGCGGGUUGCGGCCGCCUUUAGUAACACAAACACAGCCGGUGUUUCAUUGUUUACAUUCCCGAAAUAUGACGGUGAAGCUUUACUAUGAAACAGAGCGGUCAAGCCAACACGGUUGGACUCGACCACACACACAAAGUACAGUGUAUUAUGCAGUGAUCAUUUCGAAAGAUCGUGUUUGGAAGAGGGCGCUUUGCGAAAGGCAGAGAUGGGCAUUGCCACCACCCGUCGACUGGUGCUGAAGAAAGGUGCGGGGCCGACCUUCAGGUUGUACAGGUACGACCAUAUAAUCUCACUAAAACACUAGUAACACAAUAAGCAGAUAAGGGAUUUUCCAGAUUUAUCCUAGUAAAUUUGUCUAAUAACAUCUGAAUCGCUCCCACUGAAUAGUCUUUUUUUUCUAGUCCUUCACUCUCACUUUCCUCAUCCACGAAUCUUUCAUCCUCGCUCAAAUUACUAGGGAAAUCGUCGCAUUCUCGGUCCGAAUCGCUCUCGCUGCUGGUGGCCAUGAUUAUAAACAAUGUUCAGAUGUGAGGAGCUCCACAACCCGUGACGUCACGCGCACAUCGUCUGCUACUUCCGGUACAGGCAAGGCUUUUUUAUCAGCAGCAAAAGUUGCGAACUUUAUCGUCGAUGUUCUCUACUAAAUCCUUUCAGCAAAAACAUGGCAAUAUCGCGAAAUGAUCAAGUAUGACACAUAGAAUGGACCUGCUAUCCCCGUUUGAAUAAGAAAAUCUCAUUUCAGUAGGCCUUUAAGGAAAGAAUAAAUGGGGCCAUGUAUUGUGAGAUUUUGAGCCAAAACCUCCUUCCAUCAGUGAGAGCUUUGAAUGGUUGACCAAAUACUUAUUUUCCACCAUAAUUUACAGAUAAAUUCUUUAAAAUUCUUACAAUGUGAAUUCCUGGAUUUUUUAUCCACAUUCUGUCUCUCACAGUUGAAGUGUACCUAUGAUGAAAAUUACAGACCUCUCUCAUCAUUUUAAGUGGGAGAACUUGCACAAUCGGUGGCUGACAAAAUACUUUCUUGCCCCACUGUACUUCUAUGUGACACACAAACCUCUUGUGAUCCCUCCCAGCAAAUCAUCAAAUUAAGCAAUGCUUAAUUAUUUAUAAUUUUGACCAACUAUGAUGACAGUUUAAAGACAAAACAAACCCGGCCUACACACACACAAAGGCCUCUUGCACACAGAUACCACAAAAUUAGUGCAACAUAAAAAUAAAAAAAACGGCAUAAUUAGUUUCAUCAGUCUGGGGAAUUUAGCAAAGUGUAAAAAAAAAAAAAGAUGUGUUGGCUAUUGAAUAAUUGCUUUCAACACAAAAGGGCGGGAGAUUUUGGGUGUUAAAGGAGUAGUCCUGUCAUUACGUGACACACUUUCACACAGAACGCCAUCCCGCCUCUGUUUGUGUCAAAGCCGUAACAGAGGUGGGAUGCUAUCUGCGUGUGAGGGUAUUUCAUGGAAUUUGCGCACUUUUAUUCUUUUUAUGUCGCCAGUGGUUCAUUUCUUUUUGCACUUGUAUAUUACAUAACACAUUGCAUUGUUAAUAAAUGUCUUACUAUGGCAACUAAAGAUGUGAUUUAUAGUUCUUUGAAGGGAGCCGGAACUUGAGCUGUUUAAUAAACUGACUUAUAAAUUG